UGGCUUUUGCCUGGGCGUCUCAGGAGGGGAGAGCGGGGAGAGGAUUUGCUGCUGGCCAGGGUUAUUCGCAUAGCUCGAAGGUUUGAACAAGAGCUACAGAAAGGGAAGGAUAUCCGUGGAAGCCAAUGGUUUUCCGGAAGAAAAUAACCCCGUUGCCUUGAGUUUGUAGGUGCCACUACUACUCUGGAAAAAUGGCGGAUGAGGAAGAGUAUGAGGAGGUGAUAGAGUACUACACAGAGGAGACAGUUUACGAAGAGGUGCCAGGAGAGACAAUUACAGAAGUCUAUGAAACCACAACGACAAGGACAUCGGACUAUGGCCAAUCAGAAACUUCCACACCAGCGCUGGUACAGCCACAACCAGCAAAGCCGGUGGAGCGGAAGAAGGUCAUCCGAAAGAAGGUGGACUCGUCCAAGUUCAUGACCCCCUACAUUCAACACAGUCAGAAAAUGCAGGAUCUUUUCAGCUCAAAUAAAUACAAAGAGAACUAUGAGAAAGCAAAGGGACAGCCAUACGCCAUCACAAGCGAUACUCCAGAACUUCGCAGAAUCAAGAAAGUCCAGGAUCAACUCAGUGAGGUUAAGUAUCGAAUGGAUGGAGAUGUUGCUAAAACUAUCUGCCACGUGGAUGAAAAAGCAAAAGACAUUGAACAUGCUAAGAAAGUGUCGCAGCAAGUCAGCAAGGUUUUAUACAAGCAGAACUGGGAAGACACCAAGGAUAAGUACCUGCUUCCCCCUGAUGCCCCUGAACUUGUCCAAGCCGUCAAGAACACAGCCAUGUUCAGUAAGAAACUGUACACUGAAGACUGGGAAGCAGACAAAGCAUUGUUUUAUCCCUAUAAUGACAGUCCGGAGCUGAGGAGGGUAGCCCAGGCCCAGAAAGCACUUAGUGAUAUUGCCUACAAAAAAGGACUCACUGAGCAGCAAACUCAGUUCACGUCCCUGCCUGAUCCUCCUGAGGUCGAAUUUGCCAAGAAAGUAACCAACCAAGUGAGCAAGCAAAAAUAUAAAGAAGACUAUGAGAAGAAAGUCAAAGGAAAAUGGAGUGAGACACCAUGCUUUGAAAUUGCAACAGCCAGAAUGAAUGCUGAUAAUCUCAGCUCAAGGAAGUAUCAGGAAGACUUUGAGAACAUGAAAGACCAGAUCUACUUCAUGCAGACCGAAACACCUGAGUAUAAAAUGAAUAAACAGGCUGGAGUCGCCGCUAGCAAGGUAAAAUACAAGCAAGACUAUGAAAAGAAUAAAGGAAAAGCAGACUAUAAUGUACUUCCUGCUUCAGAGAACCCACUGCUCAGGCAGCUGAAGACAGCUGGAAACGCCCUCAGUGAUAAACUAUACAAGGAAAACUAUGAAAAGACCAAAGCAAGGAGCAUCAAUUACUGUGAGACCCCCAAGUUUCAGCUUGACACAGUGCUACAGAACUUCAGUAGUGACACUAAAUAUAAAGAUUCCUACCUAAAGAAUAUCUUGGGACACUACGUGGGCAGCUUUGAGGACCCAUAUCACACACACUGUAUGAAAGUUACAGCCCAAAAUAGUGAUAAAAACUACAAAGCUGAAUAUGAAGAGGACAGAGGCAAAGGCUUCUUCCCCCAGACCAUUACCCAGGAAUAUGAAGCAAUCAAGAAACUGGACCAGUGUAAAGAUCACGCCUACAAAGUCCACCCAGAUAAGACAAAGUUCACUCAAGUUACAGACUCUCCUGUUCUGGUGCAAGCCCAGGUCAAUUCCAAGCAGCUGAGUGAUCUAAAUUACAAAGCCAAACAUGAAAGUGAAAAAUUCAAGUGUCAUAUACCUCCAGAUGCUCCUGCCUUUAUCCAGCACAGAGUGAACGCCUAUAACCUAAGUGACAAUGUCUACAAACAAGACUGGGAGAAGAGCAAAGCUAAGAAGUUCGACAUCAAGGUGGAUGCCAUCCCACUACUGGCAGCCAAAGCCAACAGCAAGAAUGCCAGUGAUGUGAUGUACAAGAAGGACUAUGAGAAGAGCAAAGGCAAGAUGAUCGGUGCCCUCAGCAUCAAUGAUGACCCCAAGAUGCUGCACUCCCUGAAGACUGCCAAGAACCAGAGUGACAGACUAUACAGAGAAAACUAUGAGAAGACAAAGGCCAAGAGUAUGAAUUACUGUGAGACCCCUAAGUAUCAACUCGACACCCUUCUGAAGAACUUCAGUGAGGCUAAAUAUAAAGAUUCAUAUGUAAAGAAUAUGUUGGGCCACUAUGUAGGCAGCUUUGAAGACCCGUACCAUACACACUGCAUGAAAGUUUCUGCUCAAAACAGUGAUAAGAGUUACAAAGCAGAAUAUGAAGAAGAUAAAGGGAAAUGCUAUUUCCCUCAGACAAUAACCCAAGAAUAUGAAGCUAUCAAGAAGUUGGACCAGUGUAAAGAUCACACCUACAAAGUGCAUCCAGAUAAGACCAGGUUCACAGCAGUCACCGACACUCCCGUGCUAUUGCAAGCCCAGCUCAACACCAAACAGCUCAGUGAUCUGAAUUACAAAGCAAAGCAUGAAGGUGAGAAAUUCAAGUGCAGCGUGCCAGCAGAUGCACCAGAAUUCAUCCAGCACAGAGUCAAUGCUUAUAACCUGAGUGAUAAUGUCUACAAGCAUGACUGGGAGAAGAGCAAAGCUAAGAAGUUCGACAUCAAGGUGGAUGCCAUCCCACUGCUGGCAGCCAAAGCCAACAGCAAGAAUGCCAGUGAUGUGAUGUACAAGAAGGAUUAUGAGAAGAGCAAAGGCAAGAUGAUCGGUGCCCUCAGCAUCAAUGAUGACCCCAAGAUGCUGCACUCCCUGAAGACUGCCAAGAACCAGAGCGACCGUGAAUAUCGGAAGGACUAUGAAAAGUCAAAAACGAUCUACACAGCCCCUCUUGACAUGAUCCAAGUCACCCAAGCUAAGAAAUCUCAGGCGAUUGCCAGCGACGUGGACUAUAAACAUGUCUUGCACAACUAUAGCUACCCUCCUGACAGCAUCAAUGUGGACCUGGCCAAGAAGGCUUACGCAUUGCAGAGUGAUGUGGAGUACAAAGCUGACUACAACAGUUGGAUGAAGGGCUGUGGCUGGGUGCCCUUUGGUUCCCUGGAGAUGGAAAAGGCAAAGCGAGCCUCGGAAAUUCUUAACGAGAAAAAAUACCGCCAACAUCCAGAUACGCUCAAGUUUACGUCAAUUGAAGAUGCUCCCAUUACAGUGCAGUCUAAAAUUAACCAGGCCCAGAGGAGCGAUAUUGCUUACAAAGCCAAGGGGGAGGAAAUUCUGCAUAAGUACAACCUGCCAGCAGACCUGCCGCAGUUCAUUCAGGCUAAGGUGAACGCCUACAACAUCAGCGAGAAUAUGUACAAGGCUGACUUGAAAGACUUAAGCAAGAAGGGCUAUGACCUGAGAAUUGAUGCUAUCCCCAUCAAAGCCGCCAAAGCUGCCCGACAGGCUGCCAGUGAUAUUCACUAUAAGAAAGAUUAUGAAAAGGCCAAAGGGAAAAUGGUCGGAUUCCAAAGUCUCCAAGACGAUCCUAAACUGGUUCAUUACAUGAACGUGGCCAAGAUACAGUCAGACAGGGAGUAUAAGAAAGACUACGAAAAGACAAAGACCAAAUACAAUACACCUCACGACAUGUUCGAUGUUGUGGCGGCUAAGAAGGCACAGGAUGUGAUCAGCAAUACCAACUACAAGCAUUCUCUCCACCACUACACCUACCUGCCGGACGCCAUGGACCUGGAGCUGUCCAAGAACAUGAUGCACAUACAGAGUGAUAAUGCCUACAAGGAAGAUUAUAACACCUGGAUGAAGGGCAUUGGCUGGAUUCCGAUUGGCAGCCUUGACCAAGAGAAAGUUAAAAAGGCAGGGGAUGCCCUGAGUGAAAAGAAAUACAGGCAACAUCCGGACACACUCAAGUUCACCAGCAUCGUAGACUCCCCGGUGAUGGUGCAGGCAAAGCAGAACACACAGCAAGCCAGUGAUAUCUUAUACAAAGCUAAAGGAGAAGACGUGAAGCAUAAGUAUACUCUGAAUCCUGAUCUCCCACAGUUUCUCCAGGCCAAGUGCAAUGCUUACAACAUAAGUGACGUCUGCUACAAGCGGGACUGGCAUGACUUAAUAGCCAAAGGCAACAAUGUCCUGGCUGAUGCUAUUCCGAUCACUGCGGCCAAGUCAUCAAGAAACAUUGCCAGUGAUUAUAAAUACAAAGAAGCUUAUGAGAAGGCAAAGGGAAAGCACGUUGGCUUCAGAAGCCUCCAGGACGACCCCAAGUUGGUCCAUUAUAUGAAUGUGGCGAAGUUGCAGUCAGACCGAGAAUACAAGAAAAACUAUGAGAACACCAAGACCAGUUACCACACCCCUGGAGACAUGGUCAGCAUCACUGCUGCAAGGAUGGCCCAGGACGUGGCUACCAACGUCAACUACAAACAACCAUUACAUCACUAUACAUACCUGCCUGAUGCCUUGAGUCUUGAGCACACAAGGAAUGCCAAUCAAAUUCAGAGUGAUAAUGUGUACAAAGACGAGUACAACAGCUUCCUCAAGGGCAUUGGGUGGAUCCCCAUCGGCUCGCUGGAGGUGGAGAAGGCCAAGAAAGCAGGCGAGGCACUGAAUGAGAGGAAGUACCGACAACACCCAGACACCAUCAAGUUCACAAGUGUGCCAGACUCCAUGGGCAUGGUUUUGGCUCAGCAGAACACAAAGCAGCUAAGUGAUUUGAACUACAAAAUAGAGGGAGAGAAAAUGAAGCAUAAAUAUACAAUGGACCCUGAAUUACCACAGUUCAUUCAAGCCAAAGUUAAUGCCAUCAACAUGAGUGAUGCUCAUUACAAAGCAGACUGGAAGAAAACGCUGGCCAAGGGUUACGACUUGAGACCAGAUGCCAUUCCCAUCGUUGCUGCCAAAAGUUCAAGGAACAUCGCUAGUGACUGCAAAUACAAAGAGGCCUAUGAGAAAGCCAGAGGCAAGCAAAUUGGCUUUCUCAGUCUUCAGGAUGACCCUAAGCUGGUUCACUACAUGAAUGUGGCCAAGAUACAAUCAGACCGUGAAUAUAAGAAGGGAUAUGAGGCCAGCAAGACCCGGUACCACACACCCCUGGAUAUGUUCAGUGUGACUGCUGCAAAGAAGUCUCAGGAAGUUGCGACCAACAGCAACUACAGGCAGCCCUACCACAACUACACCCUCUUGCCUGAUGCCUUGAAUGUGGAACACUCCAGGAAUGCCAUGCAAAUCCAGAGUGAUAAUCUAUACAAGUCCGACUUCACCCACUGGAUGAAAGGUAUCGGCUGGGUCCCCAUAGACUCCUUGGAGGUGGAGAAGGCAAAGAAAGCUGGGGAGAUUCUGAGUGAGAGAAAGUAUCGCCAGCACCCCGAGAAGCUGAAGUUCACAUAUUCUAUGGACACCAUGGAACAGGCACUUAACAAAAGCAACAAGCUGACUAUGGAUAAGAGGCUGUACACUGAGAAGUGGAACAAAGACAAGACCAGCAUUCAUGUCAUGCCUGACACUCCAGACAUCUUGCUCUCGAGAGUAAACCAGAUCACAAUGAGUGAUAAACUCUACAAGGCUGGCUGGGAAGAAGAGAAGAAGAAAGGCUAUGAUCUCAAGCCUGAUGCCAUCUCAAUAAAGGCGGCAAAGGCCUCCAGAGAUAUUGCCAGUGAUUACAAGUACAAGCAAGCCUAUGAACAAGCCAAAGGGAAGCACAUUGGCUUCCGCAGCCUGGAAGACGACCCCAAGCUGGUGCACUUCAUGCAGGUGGCCAAGAUUCAGUCAGACCGGGAAUACAAGAAGGGCUAUGAGAAAUCCAAGACAUCUUUCCACACCCCGGUGGACAUGUUCAGUGUGGUGGCAGCCAAGAAGUCCCAGGAAGUGGCCACCAAUGCCAACUACAGGAACAUCAUCCACACCUACAACAUGCUUCCUGAUGCCAUGAGCUUUGAGUUGGCCAAGAACAUGAUGCAGAUUCAAAGUGAUAAUCAGUAUAAGGCAGACUAUGCUGACUUCAUGAAGGGCAUUGGAUGGCUCCCCCUCGGCUCCCUGGAAGCUGAGAAAAACAAGAAAGCCAUGGAGAUUAUUAGUGAAAAGAAGUACCGGCAACACCCAGACACUUUGAAGUACUCCACACUAAUGGACUCAAUGAACAUGGUCUUGGCUCAGAAUAAUGCAAAAAUUAUGAAUAAAAAUCUCUAUAAACAAGCAUGGGAGGCUGACAAGACAAAAAUCCACAUCAUGCCUGAUAUCCCCGAGAUCGUUUUGGCCAAAGCAAAUGCGAUCAACAUGAGCGAUAAACUCUAUAAGCUCUCUCUGGAAGAAUCUAGAAAGAAAGGCUAUGACCUCAGAACGGAUGCAAUUCCCAUCAAAGCUGCCAAAGCAUCAAGAGAUAUUGCAAGUGAUUAUAAAUACAAGCACAGUUAUGAAAAGGAGAAAGGAAAAAUGGUUGGUUUUCGCAGUCUGGAGGAUGAUCCCAAAUUAGUCCAUUCCAUGCAAGUGGCUAAGAUGCAGUCUGAUCGAGAGUACAAGAAAAACUAUGAGAAGACAAAGACCAGCUACCAUACUCCUGCCGACAUGCUGAGUGUCACAGCAGCCAAGGACGCACAAGCCAACAUCACCAACACCAACUACAAGCGCCUCAUUCACAAGUACAUCCUCCUCCCAGACGCAAUGAACAUCGAGCUGACCAGGAACAUGAAUCACAUCCAGAGUGACAAUGAAUAUAAGCAAGACUACAGGGAGUGGUACCGAGGGCUUGGCUGGAGCCCAGCUGGCUCCCUAGAGGUGGAGAAGGCCAAGAAAGCAACCGAAUAUGCCAGCGAUCAGAAGUACCGGCAGCAUCCCAGCACCUUCCAGUUUAAAAAGUUGACUGACUCCAUGGACAUGGUACUGGCGAAGCAGAAUGCUCACACCAUGAAUAAGCAUUUAUACACUGUUGACUGGAAUAAAGACAAAACCAAGAUUCAUGUGAUGCCUGAUACCCCAGAUAUUUUGCAAGCCAAGCAGAAUCAGACACUUUACAGUCAGAAAUCCUAUAGACUUGGUUGGGAAGAGGCUCUGAAGAAAGGCUAUGAUCUCCCUGUUGAUGCGAUUUCUGUCCAGCUGGCUAAGACAUCAAGGGACAUUGCUAGUGACUUUAAAUAUAAACAAGGCUACCGGAAACAACUGGGACACCAUAUUGGAUUCCAGAGUGUGCAAGAUGACCCAAAGCUUGUGCUGUCGAUGAAUGUAGCCAAAAUGCAGAGUGACAGGGAGUACAAGAAGGACUUUGAGAAGUGGAAAACCAAAUACACCAGCCCUGUGGACAUGCUGGGCGUGGUGUUGGCCAAGAAGUGCCAGGCCUUGGUCAGUGAUGCUGACUACAGGAACUACCUACACCAGUGGACAUGCCUGCCUGACCAGAAUGACGUCAUCCAAGCUAAAAAGGUCUAUGAGCUGCAAAGUGAGAAUAUGUAUAAGUCUGACCUAGAGUGGCUGAGAGGCAUAGGAUGGAGUCCCCUGGGUUCUUUGGAAGCAGAAAAGAACAAGCGGGCUUCAGAAAUCAUCAGUGAGAAGAAAUACCGCCAACCUCCAGACAGAAAUAAGUUCACCAGCAUCCCUGAUGCCAUGGACAUAGUUCUGGCUAAAACAAAUGCCAAAAACAGGAGUGACAGACUUUAUAGAGAAGCUUGGGACAAGGACAAGACUCAGAUCCACAUCAUGCCCGACACUCCUGACAUCAUUCUGGCUAAGGCAAACUUAAUCAAUACAAGUGAUAAACUCUACAAAAUGGGUUAUGAAGAACUGAAGAAGAAAGGUUAUGAUCUUCCUGUCGACGCCAUUCCAAUCAAAGCAGCGAAAGCAUCCCGGGAAAUUGCCAGUGAAUACAAAUACAAAGAAGGCUUCCGAAAGCAACUCGGCCACCACAUCGGGGCUCGGAACAUCAAGGAUGACCCCAAGAUGAUGUGGUCCAUGCACGUGGCCAAGAUCCAGAGUGACAGGGAGUACAAGAAGGACUUUGAGAAGUGGAAGACCAAGUAUAGCAGCCCAGUGGACAUGCUGGGCGUGGUGCUGGCCAAAAAGUGCCAGACCUUGGUCAGCGAUGCUGACUACAGAAACUACCUACACCAGUGGACAUGCCUACCUGACCAGAAUGACGUCAUCCACGCUCGGCAGGCCUAUGAUCUCCAGAGUGAUAAUGUGUACAAGGCUGAUCUUCAGUGGCUGAAAGGCAUUGGCUGGAUACCUUCUGGUUCCCUCGAGGAUGAGAAAAACAAACGAGCCACUCAGAUCCUGAGUGACCAUGUUUACCGUCAGCACCCAAAUAAAUUCAAGUUUUCCAGCCUGAUGGACUCCAUGCCAAUGGUCUUGGCAAAAAAUAAUGCUAUAACCAUGAACCAUCACCUCUAUACAGAAGCUUGGAAUAAAGAUAAAACCACUGUCCACAUUAUGCCAGAUACUCCUGAAGUUAUAUUGGCUAAACAAAACAAAGUAAAUUACAGUGAGAAAUUAUAUAAGCUCGGCCUGGAAGAAGCCAAGAGGAAAGGCUAUGACAUGCGGCUUGAUGCCAUUCCUAUCAAGGCAGCCAAAGCCUCCAGGGACAUUGCAAGUGACUACAAAUACAAAGAUGGCUACCGCAAGCAGCUGGGCCACCACAUUGGGGCUCGGAACAUCAAGGAUGACCCCAAGAUGAUGUGGUCCAUGCAUGUGGCCAAGAUCCAGAGUGACAGGGAGUACAAGAAGGACUUUGAGAAGUGGAAGACCAAGUAUAGCAGCCCAGUGGACAUGCUGGGUGUGGUGCUGGCCAAGAAGUGCCAGAUCCUUGUAAGCGACAUAGACUACAAGCAUCCUCUCCACGAGUGGACAUGCCUGCCUGACCAGAAUGAUGUCAUCCAUGCUCGGCAGGCCUAUGAUCUCCAGAGCGAUAAUGUGUACAAGUCAGAUCUCCAGUGGAUGAGAGGCAUUGGCUGGGUCCCCAUCGGGUCUCUGGAUGUGGUCAAGUGUAAGAGAGCCGCAGAGAUCCUGAGNGACAACAUCUACCGCCAGCCUCCAAACAAGUUCAAGUUCACCAGUGUGACUGAUUCUCUGGAGCAGGUGCUGGCCAAGAGCAACGCCCUCAACAUGAACAAGCGAUUAUACACAGAGGCCUGGGACAAAGACAAGAUUCAAAUUCAUGUAAUGCCUGAUACACCGGAGAUUAUGCUGGCAAGGCAGAACAGAAUCAACUACAGUGAGAGUCUGUAUAAACUGGCCAAUGAAGAAGCAAAGAAGAAAGGCUACGACCUGCGUGUUGAUGCUAUCCCCAUUGUGGCAGCCAAGGCCUCCAGAGAUAUCGCCAGUGACUACAAAUACAAAGUUGGCUACCGUAAGCAGCUGGGCCACCACAUUGGAGCCCGCAACAUUGAAGAUGACCCCAAGAUGAUGUGGUCCAUGCAUGUGGCCAAGAUCCAGAGUGACAGGGAGUACAAGAAGGACUUUGAGAAAUGGAAGACCAAGUAUAGCAGCCCAGUGGACAUGCUGGGGGUGGUGUUGGCCAAGAAGUGCCAGACCUUGGUCAGCGAUGUGGACUACAGGAACUACCUACACCAGUGGACAUGCCUGCCUGACCAGAAUGACGUCAUCCAUGCUCGGCAGGCCUAUGAUCUCCAGAGUGAUAAUGUGUACAAGUCAGAUCUCCAGUGGAUGAGAGGCAUUGGCUGGGUCCCCAUCGGGUCUCUGGAUGUGGUCAAGUGUAAGAGAGCUGCAGAGAUCCUGAGCGACAACAUCUACCGCCAGCCUCCAAACAAGUUCAAGUUCACCAGUGUGACUGAUUCUCUGGAGCAGGUGCUGGCCAAGAGCAACGCCCUCAACAUGAACAAGCGCUUAUACACAGAAGCCUGGGACAAAGACAAGACCCAGAUCCACAUCAUGCCUGAUACACCAGAAAUUAUGUUGGCCAGACAAAAUAAAAUAAACUACAGUGAGAGCCUGUACCGCCAGGCCAUGGAAGAAGCUAAGAAGGAAGGCUAUGACUUGAGAAGUGAUGCCAUUCCCAUUGUGGCUGCCAAGGCUUCCCGGGACAUUGCUAGUGAUUACAAAUACAAAGAAGCCUAUCGGAAGCAGUUGGGUCACCACAUUGGCGCUAGAGCGAUACAUGACGAUCCCAAGAUGAUGUGGUCCCUCCACAUUGCCAAAGUGCAGAGUGACCGUGAGUAUAAGAAAGAAUUUGAGAAAUACAAGACAAGAUACAGCAGCCCCGUGGACAUGCUUGGUAUUGUGUUGGCCAAGAAAUGCCAAACCUUGGUCAGUGAUGUGGACUACAAACACCCACUGCACGAAUGGACCUGCCUGCCGGACCAGAAUGAUGUCAUACAGGCCCGGAAAGCAUAUGACCUCCAGAGUGAUAAUCUGUACAAGGCAGACCUGGAAUGGAUGAAAGGCAUUGGCUGGGUUCCCAUUGGUUCCUUGGAAGUUGUCAAAGCCAAGAGGGCCACAGAGAUACUGAGUGACAACAUCUACCGCCAGCGUCCUGACACACUGAAAUUCACCAGUAUAACCGACUCGCUGGAGCAGGUGCUGGCAAAAAAUAAUGCAAUCACCAUGAACAAGCGCCUGUACACGGAAGCCUGGGACAAUGACAAGAAAACGAUCCAUGUCAUGCCAGACACGCCAGAAAUCAUGUUGGCCAAACUCAACAGGAUAAACUACAGCGAUAAACUCUACAAAGUGUCUCUGGAGGAGGCCAAGAGGCAAGGCUAUGACCUGCGAGUGGAUGCCAUUCCUAUCCGAUCAGCCAAGGCUUCAAGAGAGAUCGCUAGUGAUUACAAGUACAAGGAAGGCUACCGUAAGCAGCUGGGCCACCACAUCGGUGCCCGCGGUAUACAUGAUGACCCCAAGAUGAUGUGGUCCAUGCAUGUGGCAAAGAUCCAGAGUGACAGGGAGUACAAGAAGGACUUUGAGAAGUGGAAGACCAAGUAUAGCAGCCCAGUGGACAUGCUGGGCGUGGUGCUGGCCAAGAAGUGCCAGAUCCUUGUAAGUGACAUAGACUACAAGCAUCCUCUCCACGAGUGGACAUGCCUGCCUGACCAGAAUGAUGUCAUCCAGGCACGAAAGGCCUAUGAUCUCCAGAGCGAUGCUGUGUACAAGGCUGAUCUUGAGUGGCUGAGGGGCAUUGGAUGGGUUCCCAUUGGCUCUGUAGAGGUCGAGAAGGUGAAGAGAGCAGGUGAAAUCCUGAGUGACAGGAAGUAUCGCCAACCUGCAGACCAGCUGAAGUUCACAUGUAUUACAGACACCCCAGAAAUUGUCCUGGCAAAGAGUAAUGCCAUCACUAUGAGCAAGCAUUUGUACACAGAAGCUUGGGACGCUGACAAAGCCUCCAUCCACGUCAUGCCAGACACCCCUGAAAUCCUGCUGGCCAAGAGCAAUUCUGCCAAUAUCAGCCAUAAACUAUAUACCAAGGGAUGGGAUGAAUCAAAGAUGAAGGACUAUGACCUGAGAGAGGAUGCUAUUUCCAUCAAAAGUGCCAAGGCCUCCAGGGACAUUGCCAGUGAUUACAAAUAUAAGGAAGCCUAUGAAAAACAAAAAGGCCACCACAUCGGAGCCCAGAGUGUUGAAGAUGAUCCCAGGAUCAUUUGCGCCAUGCAUGCAGGGAAGAUUUACAGUGACAGGGAGUACAAGAAGGAAUUCCAAAAAUGGAAGACCAAGUUCAGCAGCCCAGUGGACAUGCUGGGGGUGGUGCUGGCCAAGAAGUGCCAGACCUUGGUCAGCGAUGUGGACUACCGUAACUACCUGCACAACUGGACUUGCCUGCCUGACCAGAACGACAUUAUUCAAGCAAAGAAGGCCUAUGAACUGCAGAGUGAUGCCAUCUACAAGGCUGACCUGGAGUGGCUGCGUGGCAUUGGCUGGAUGCCAGAAGGGUCUCCUGAAGUCCUGAGAGUCAAAAAUGCCCAGGAGAUCCUCUGCGACAGUGUCUACCGGACCCCCGUGGUGAAGCUCAAGUACACAAGUAUUGUGGACACACCCGAAGUUGUCCUUGCUAAGUCAAAUGCUGAAAAUAUUAGCAUUCCAAAAUACAGAGAAGUUUGGGACAAAGAUAAAACUUCCAUCCACAUAAUGCCAGACACGCCUGAAAUUAAUCUCGCUCGAGCAAAUGCUCUUAAUGUGAGCAAUAAACUCUACCGUGAGGGGUGGGAUGAAGUCAAGAUGAGCUGUGAUGUCCGGUUGGAUGCUAUCCCCAUCCAGGCUGCCAAGGCCUCCAGGGAGAUUGCCAGUGACUAUAAAUACAAGCUUGACCACGAGAAGCAGAAGGGACACUACGUGGGCACCCUCACAGCCAGGGAUGACAACAAGAUCCGGUGGGCCCUCAUCGCUGGCAAGAUUCAGAAUGAAAGGGAGUACAGGCUGCAGUGGGCCAAAUGGAAGACCAAGUUCCAGAGCCCCGUGGACAUGCUUUCUAUCCUGCAUUCGAAGAAGUGCCAGACGCUGGUCAGCGACAUUGACUAUCGCAAUUACCUACACGAGUGGACGUGCAUGCCUGACCAAAACGAUGUGAUUCAGGCCAAGAAAGCCUACGAGCUGCAGAGCGAUGCUGUCUACAAGGCUGACUUGGAAUGGUUACGUGGAAUUGGGUGGAUGCCAAAUGAUUCUGUCUCUGUCAAUCAUGCCAAACAUGCUGCAGAUAUCUUCAGUGAGAAAAAAUAUCGCACAAAAAUAGAAACUCUCAACUUCACUCCUGUGGAUGACAGAGUGGAUUAUGUGACAGCGAAACAGAGCAGUGAGAUCCGAGAUGAUAUUAAAUAUCGCAAAGAUUGGAAUGCCAUCAAGUCAAAGUAUACCCUUACAGAAACCCCACUGCUGCACACUGCCCAGGAGGCUGCCCGGAUCCUGGACCAGUACCUCUACAAGGAAGGCUGGGAGAAACAGAAAGCCACAGGCUACAUUCUGCCACCUGAUGCUGUGCCAUUCGUUCAUGCCCAUCAUUCCAGCGAUGUUCAGAGUGAGCUGAAAUACAAAGCUGAACACGUUAAGCAGCGAGGUCACUACGUUGGCGUUCCUACAAUGAGAGACGAUCCCAAGCUGGUUUGGUUUGAGCACGCAGGCCAGAUUCAGAAUGACAGACUCUACAAGGAGAGCUACCAUAAGUCAAAGGCCAAAAUCAAUAUCCCGGCUGACAUGGUGUCAGUUGUGGCCGCCAAGGAAGGGCAGAACCUUGUCAGUGACAUCGAUUACCGUCAAUACCUACACCAGUGGACGUGCCACCCUGACCAAAAUGAUGUUAUUCAGGCAAAAAUUGCCUACGACCUUCAGAGUGACAAUGUCUACAAAGCUGACCUGGAAUGGCUCCGAGGUAUUGGCUGGAUCCCUCUGGAUUCUGUGGACCAUGUGAGGGUUACAAAGAACCAGGAAAUGGUGAAUCAGAUAAAGUACAAGAAAGAUGCUCUUGCCAACUAUCCCAACUUUACAAGUGUGGAGGACCCUCCAGAGAUUGUUCUAGCCAAGAUUAACUCAGUCAAUCAAAGUGAUGUGAAAUAUAAAGAAACAUUUAAUAAAGCCAAGGGCAAGUACAUAUUUUCUCCAGACACACCAUACAUCUCCCACUCCAAAGACAUGGGGAAACUCUAUAGUACUAUACUAUACAAGGGAGCCUGGGAGGGCACCAAGGCCUACGGCUACACCCUGGAUGAGCGCUAUAUUCCAAUUGUUGGAGCCAAGCAUGCUGACCUGGUGAACAGUGAGCUUAAAUACAAGGAAACCUAUGAGAAGCAGAAAGGUCACUACCUGGCUGGAAAAGAAAUAAGUGAGUUUCCUGGUGUGGUCCACUGCCUGGAUUUCCAGCAGAUGCGGAGUGCGUUGAACUACAGAAGAGAUUAUGAAGACACCAAAGCAAAUGUGCAUAUUCCCAAUGACAUGAUGAACCACGUGCUGGCGAAGAGGUGCCAGUAUAUCCUCAGUGACCUGGAGUACCGACACUACUUUCAUCAGUGGACGUCACUUCCCGAGGAGCCCAAUGUUAUCCGCGCCCGAAAUGCCCAGGAGAUCUUAAGUGAUAAUGUAUAUAAAGAUGACUUGAAUUGGCUGAAGGGCAUUGGCUGCUAUGUUUGGGACACACCCCAGAUUCUCCAUGCCAAGAAAUCAUAUGACCUCCAGAGUCAGCUACAAUACACAGCAGCAAGUAAAGAAAAUCUGCAGAACUAUAACCUGGUCACAGAUACGCCAGUUUACGUGACGGCUCUUCAGAGUGGCAUUAAUGCCAGUGAGGUGAAAUAUAAAGAAAAUUACCAUCAGAUUAAGGACAAGUAUACCACAGUGCUAGAGACAGCAGACUACGACAGAACCAAGAACCUCAAGAGUCUGUACAGCAGUAACAUAUACAAAGAAGCCUGGGAUAAGGUGAAAGCCACCAGCUAUAACCUGCCUACCAGCACCUUGUCCCUGACACAUGCCAAGAACCAGAAGCACCUGGCCAGCCAUAUCAAAUACCGAGAAGAAUAUGAAAAGUUCAAAGCCCUUUACACAUUACCAAAAAGUGUUGACGACGAUCCAAACACAGCGCGGUGUCUCCGAGUGGGCAAACUUAACAUCGACCGCCUGUACAGAUCAGUGUACGAGAAGAACAAGAUGAAAAUCAACAUCGUGCCCGACAUGGUGGAGAUGGUGACUGCCAAGGACUCUCAGAAGAAAGUCAGCGAGAUUGACUACCGCCUGCACCUCCAUGAAUGGAUUUGCCACCCUGACUUACAAGUCAACAGUCACGUCAGAAAAGUGACAGACCAGAUCAGCGACAUUGUAUACAAGGAUGACCUCACCUGGCUGAAAGGCAUUGGUUGCUACGUCUGGGACACUCCUGAAAUUCUCCAUGCAAAGCAUGCUUAUGACCUACGCAAUGAUAUCAAGUAUAAAGCUCACGUGCAGAAGACAAGGAAUGACUACAAGCUGGUGACUGACACACCGGUUUACGUUCAGGCAGUCAAGAGUGGGAAGCAGCUGAGUGAUGCUGUCUACCACUAUGACUACGUGCACAGCGUCAGAGGCAAAGUGGCCCCAACUACAAAAACAGUGGAUCUGGACCGGGCCCUCCACGCAUACAAGCUUCAGAGUGAGAAUUUGUACAAGAAAGGCCUGCGCUUCCUGCCCACUGGGUACAGGCUCCCUGUUGAUACCCCUCAUUUCAAUCACACCAAGGAUACCCGCUACAUGAGCAGCUAUUUCAAAUACAAAGAAGCCUAUGAACACAUCAAGGCAAAUGGGUACACACUUGGACCCAAGGAUGUCCCGUUUGUCCAUGUCCGGAGAGUCAACAAUGUCACUAGUGAGAGACUAUAUCGAGAACUGUAUCACAAACUAAAAGACAAGAUACAUACAACCCCAGACACACCUGAAAUCCGCCAAGUCAAGAAGACACAAGAAGCUGUCAGUGAGUUGAUCUACAAAUCAGACUUCUUCAAGAUGCAGGGCCACAUGAUCUCGCUGCCGUAUACACCCCAAGUGUUGCACUGUCGCUACGUGGGAGACAUCACGAGUGAUAUUAAAUACAAAGAGGAUCUGCAGAUCUUGAAGGGACUUGGCUGCUUCCUGUACGACACUCCUGACAUGGUCCGAUCCCGGCACCUAAGGAAGCUCUGGUCGAACUACCUGUACACGGAUAAUGCCCGGAAGAUGAGAGACAAAUACAAAGUGGUGCUUGACACCCCAGAAUACAGAAAAGUGCAGGAACUGAAGACACAUCUGAGUGAGCUGGUGUACAGAGCCUCAGGCAAGAAGCAGAAGUCCAUCUUCACUUCAGUUCCUGAUACCCCUGACCUUCUAAGAGCCAAGCGAGGACAGAAGCUUCAGAGUCAGUAUCUCUAUGUUGAACUUGCUACUAAAGAGAGACCUCAUCACCACGCUGGAAAUCAGACCACAGCUUUGCAACACGCUAAAGACGUGAAGGACAUGGUCAGCGAGAAAAAGUACAAGAUUCAAUAUGAAAAGAUGAAGGACAAGUAUACACCAGUUGCAGACACACCAAUCCUCAUCAGAGCCAAGAGAGCUUACUGGAACGCCAGUGAUCUUCGCUACAAAGAAACAUUUCAAAAGACUAAAGGGAAAUAUCACACAGUGAAGGACGCCCUGGACAUUGUAUAUCAUCGCAAAGUCACAGACGACAUCAGUAAAGUGAAAUACAAGGAAAACUACAUGAGCCAGCUGGGAAUCUGGAGUUCCAUCCCUGAUCGCCCUGAACAUUUCCAUCACCGGGCAGUCACCGAUGCUGUCAGCGAUGUAAAAUAUAAAGAAGAUUUGACCUGGCUUAAAGGCAUUGGUUGCUAUGCCUAUGAUACCCCUGACUUGACGCUAGCUGAACAGAACAAGACUCUCUACAGCAAGUAUAAGUAUAAAGAAGUAUUUGAAAGAACAAAGUCAAACUUCAAGUAUGUUGCUGACUGUCCAAUUAACAGGCAUUUCAAGUAUGCAACUCAGUUGAUGAAUGAGAAAAAAUACAGAGCUGAUUAUGAGCAGCGGAAAGAUAAAUACCACCUGGUAGUCGAUGAACCUAGACAUCUGCUGGCUAAGACCGCAGGCGACCAGAUCAGCCAGAUCAAAUACAGGAAAAAGUAUGAGAAGUCAAAGGACAAAUUCACCUCGGUUGUGGACACCCCAGAGCACCUGCGCACCACAAAAGUCAACAAGCAAAUCAGUGAUAUACUUUAUAAACUGGAAUACAACAAAGCCAGACCAAGAGGCUACACCACCAUCCAUGACACACCCAUGCUGCUGCAUGUCCGCAAAGUGAAGGAUGAAGUCAGCGAUCUGAAAUAUAAGGAAGUUUACCAAAGAAAUAAAUCUAACUGCACCAUCAAGCCAGAUGCUGUUCAUAUCAAAGCAGCGAAAGAUGCCUACAAAGUCAACACAAAUCUGGACUACAAGAAGCAGUACGAAGCCAAUAAAGCAUACUGGAAGUGGACGCCCGACCGCCCAGACUUCAUCCAGGCGGCCAAGUCGUCUCUGCAGCAGAGUGACUUUGAAUAUAAGCUGGACCGAGAGUUUCUCAAGGGCUGCAAGCUUUCUGUCACUGACGAUAAAGACAUGGUGCUGGCCCUCAGGAAUUCCUUAAUAGAGAGCGAUCUGAAAUACAAAGAGAAACACGUAAAGGAAAGAGGAAGCUGCCAUGCUGUGCCUGACACCCCACAGAUCCUCUUGGCGAAGACUGUCAGCAAUCUGGUGUCUGAGAACAAGUACAAGGACCAUGUCAAGAAGCACCUGGCCCAAGGCUCGUAUACAACCCUACCAGAGACCAGGGAUACAGUUCACGUCAAGGCAGUGACCAAGCACGUCAGUGAUACAAACUACAAAAAGAAGUUUGUCAAGGAGAAAGGCAAGUCCAACUACUCCAUCAUGCAAGAGCCUCCAGAGGUGAAACACGCCAUGGAAGUGGCUAAGAAGCAGAGUGACGUUGCCUAUAAAAAAGAUGCCAAAGAAAAUCUGCAUUACACCACAGUGGCCGACCGGCCAGACAUCAAGAAGGCCACCCAGGCAGCCAAACAGGCCAGUGAGGUGGAGUACAGAGCCAAGCAUCGCAAGGAAGGCAGUCAUGGGUUAAGCAUGCUUGGCCGCCCAGACAUUGAAAUGGCCAAGAAGGCAGCCAAGCUGAGCAGCCAGGUUAAAUACCGCGAAAAUUUUGACAAGGAGAAGGGCAAAACACCCAAAUACAACCCGAAAGACAGCCAGCUCUACAAAACUAUGAAAGAUGCCAACAACCUUGCAAGUGAGGUCAAAUAUAAGGCUGACCUGAAGAAACUCCACAAACCUGUGACUGACAUGAAGGAGUCUCUGAUAAUGCACCACGUCCUAAAUACAAGCCAGCUCGCCAGUUCUUACCAGUACAAGAAGAACUAUGAGAAGAGCAAAGGCCACUACCACACAAUACCUGACAACCUGGAACAGCUACACCACAAAGAAGCCACAGAGCUGCAGAGUAUCGUGAAAUACAAAGAAAAAUAUGAAAAAGAACGAGGCAAGCCCAUGCUGGACUUUGAGACUCCAACAUACAUCACUGCCAAAGAGUCUCAGCAGAUGCAGAGCGGGAAAGAAUAUAGGAAAGAUUAUGAAGAGUCCAUUAAAGGCAGAAACCUGACGGGCCUGGAGGUCACGCCAGCAUUGUUACAUGUCAGACAUGCGACCAAAAUAGCAAGCGAGAAAGAGUAUAGGAAAGACCUGGAAGAAAGCAUCCGAGGCAGAGGUCUCACUGAGAUGGAAGACACUCCUGACAUGCUGAGAGCCAAGAAUGCCACUCAGAUCCUCAAUGAGAAAGAAUAUAAGCGAGACCUGGAGCUGGAAGUCAAAGGAAGAGGCCUGAAUGCCAUGGCCAACGAGACUCCAGAUUUUAUGCGGGCCAGGAAUGCUACCGACAUUGCCAGCCAGAUUAAGUACAAGCAAUCAGCAGAAAUGGAAAAGGCCAAUUUUACUUCUGUUGUUGAUACCCCAGAAAUUAUCCAUGCUCAGCAAGUCAAGAACCUUUCCAGUCAGAAAAAGUACAAGGAAGAUGCAGAGAAGUCCAUGUCAUAUUAUGAGACUGUCUUGGACACGCCAGAGAUGCAAAGAGUCCGAGAGAACCAGAAGAACUUCAGCCUGCUUCAAUACCAGUGUGACCUUAAAAACAGUAAAGGGAAAAUUACAGUUGUUCAAGACACGCCAGAAAUACUGCGUGUUAAAGAAAACCAAAAGAAUUUCAGCUCGGUUUUAUAUAAAGAGGAUGUAUCCCCGGGGACAGCAAUUGGAAAGACGCCUGAGAUGCUCAGAGUGAAGCAAACGCAGGACCACAUUAGCUCGGUCAAGUAUAAAGAAGCAAUCGGACAAGGAACUCCGAUCCCUGACCUGCCUGAAGUGAAACGCGUCAAGGAGACCCAGAAGCACAUUAGCUCGGUUAUGUACAAAGAAAACCCAGGAACAGGCAUCCCAACCACUGUCACCCCAGAGAUUGAGAGAGUCAAACGCAAUCAAGAGAACUUUAGCUCGGUUUUGUACAAAGAAAGUUUGGGAAAAGGAACCCCUACAGCUAUCACUCCAGAGAUGGAGAGAGUCAAACGCAAUCAAGAGAACUUUAGCUCGGUUCUAUACAAAGAGAACAUGGGCAAGGGAACCCCUUUACCUGUCACUCCAGAGAUGGAGAGAGUCAAACACAAUCAAGAAAAUAUUAGCUCGGUUUUGUACAAAGAAAAUGUGGGGAAAGCCACCCCAACCCCUGUCACUCCAGAGAUGCAGAGAGUCAAACGCAAUCAAGAAAACAUUAGCUCGGUGCUAUACAAAGAGAACCUGGGGAAAGCAACCCCCACACCCUUCACUCCUGAGAUGGAAAGAGUCAAACGCAAUCAAGAAAACUUUAGCUCGGUAUUGUACAAAGAGAACAUGAGAAAAGCAACACCAACGCCUGUCACUCCAGACAUGGAGAGAGCCAAACGCAACCAAGAAAACAUUAGCUCGGUUCUUUACUCCGAUAGCUUCCGGAAACAAAUACAAGGGAAAGCUGCCUAUGUGCUAGAUACUCCAGAGAUGAGGCGGGUUAGGGAAACCCAACGGCACAUCUCAACAGUGAAAUAUCAUGAAGACUUUGAGAAACACAAAGGCUGCUUUACACCAGUGGUGACAGACCCUAUCACUGAACGAGUAAAGAAAAACACACAGGACUUCAGUGACAUUAACUACCGAGGUAUUCAGAGAAAAGUGGUGGAAAUGGAACAAAAGCGGAAUGACCAGGAUCAAGAUACCAUUACAGGUCUGCGUGUCUGGCGUACUAACCCUGGUUCAGUGUUUGACUAUGAUCCGGCAGAAGACAACAUUCAGUCCCGAAGUUUGCACAUGAUUAAUGUCCAAGCUCAACGCCGGAGCCGGGACCAGUCAAGAUCUGCCAGUGCACUGAGUAUCAGUGGGGGCGAGGAAAAAUCUGAGCACUCCGAAGCUGCGGACCAGCGCCUUUCCACAUACAGUGAUGGAGGUGCCUUCUUCUCUGCAACCUCAACAGCAUACAAACAUGUGAAAACCACUCAGCUCCCACAGCAACGGUCAUCUUCAGUUGCCACCCAGCAGACAACACUGUCCUCUAUCCCAUCACACCCAUCUACUGCAGGGAAAAUCUUCCGUGCUAUAUAUGACUAUAUGGCUGCAGAUGCGGAUGAAGUGUCCUUUAAGGAUGGAGAUGCUAUAGUGAAUGCUCAGGCGAUUGAUGAAGGCUGGAUGUAUGGCACUGUGCAGAGGACUGGCAGGACCGGUAUGCUCCCUGCCAACUAUGUGGAAGCUAUUUAAGCCCUUCAAGACCUCCAUCAGUCUGCAGUAUCUGCAACUCUGCAGGCGACAUUUCAGUGGAGACUUCAGUAUACCCAUGGCUUUCAAGCUCUCUCAGGUUUUCACCUGUAGCAAUAUCAUUUCAUGUGUUACAAUCUCUUCUAUAGAAACCAUGGUUAUUCUCCAUGAAACCCAACAUCAAUUCAUCUGCUCUGUUCUUAAACUAGAUUUACAGCUUCAUUUUU